UUACAGCUGUCCUGCUUAGCACUCGGCCCAUGAAAGAGUUUACUCUAACACCUGAACAAGUGCAGAAAUUCGACGAGGACGGAUAUUUAAUAAUCGAGAACUUCCUCCCAGAAUUACAAUGUGACCUCCUUAAACAAACAAUAAAAGAUGUUAUUGACCAGCAUCUUGACUUGGAGACCCAUCCAAAAACCAUGUUCACAACUUACCAAGCCAACAAAGCCAAACCUGACACUCACAUGAUGACUGACUACUUCUUAAACAGCGGGGAUGGGAUCAACUUCUUUUUUGAGGAAGGAGCAUUUUCCAAGGAGACUAACGAGCUAGCUUAUUCUAAAUACGAUGCUGUUAACAAGAUAGGACACGCUCUCCACACAGAUGUUCCAGAGUUUAAGGAAGUAGCUCAGGGGGAUGGUAUCAAGAACAUAUGCAAAGCACUGGGUAUCAAGAAACCCACUCUUCCCCAGAGCAUGUAUAUCUUCAAGUCAGGUGGGUUGGGUGGCCCGGUGACACCUCACAAAGAUAAUUCCUUCCUCCACACAGGAGGCACCAGGCUGCUGGGUCUCUGGAUACCUCUAGACGAUGCCACCACGAAUAACGGGUGUCUCUGGUUCAUCCCUGGAUCCCACAGGGAACCUGCCACUUUGUUCAUGAACAGGAACGAGGCAAACACGGCGUGUGAGUUUGUGGGGGAGAAGAAUGCGAACUAUGAGGAGGAUGAUAAGUAUGUGGUAGCGGAGGUUAAACGUGGGUCUUUAGUUCUUCUGGAUGGGGACGUGGUUCAUAAAUCGUAUUCGAACACUUCUGAUAAGCCGAGAAACGCUUUUACUUUCCAUUUGUAUGAGGGAGAAGGUGCUGAUUGGGGCGCUACUAAUUGGAAUCAGCCUACUGAUAAGGGAACUUUUGUGGAGCUGUACUGAUCUUUUGAAGAAUCGCUAUAAUUUCUACUUUUUAGUGAGGAAAUCACUUUGUUUCGCUAUGGUUUAGAUAUAUGAGAAUUCUACUACUGAGAUGUUUUUAUUGUAUGCCGCUUAUUGCUUUACUGGAUUUAUAGGUUUUAUGUUUUAUGACAGAGAUUUAUUUUUAAGAGAUCCUUUGGACAUUAAUUUCAGUGAUAGUCAUGAUUAAUAUUACCUAUAUUAAUUGAUUUAAAAUUUGAUUUUUUAU